AGAGGGGAGGAGGAGGAAGAGAGAGUUUGCACGGUUGUUGGCGCACAGUCAGCCAGCCGUCACGCCAUGGCACACCUCGGUCCGCUGCUGCUGUCUCCGUGUGCAGCUGUGUUGUGGUGGGAGCUUCACUGUUGCUGCUGUCAGAAACACUGAGGACCACACGCACACACGCACGCGCGCACAAACCAACACAAGUGUCACUGUCAUCAUGGCUGAUUACGGUCACAAGCAGAGCUCCGUCUCGCCACCGGUUGCUGGUUGGAAAUCUGCGUCAGGGACGAGCCCGGAGACGCACCGAGGAGAACCGGUGUCCAACGGGAAUUGCAGCGGGUCAGACACCGUGAAGAAGGUCCAGAACCAGUCCAGCGGUGAGUCCUCGACGUGGGAGGGUUCGGAGACAGCAUCCAAAGCCAUUCCCCGACGCAGCAGUCUGAUCAAGGACGGGUCACGAGCAGGACGAGAGAGGAAGAAGACGGUGUCCUUCAGCAGCAGUCUGUCAGAAAAGAAGAUCAGCAGCGCCGCCGACUGUAUUCACUCAAUGGUUGAGGGCAGCGAGCUGAAGAAAAUCCGACCGAACUCACGAGUUUACCAACGUUACUACAUGCUGGACACCGGCCUUCAAGCUCUGUGCUGGGAGCCGUCGAAGAAGGAGUCAGACAAAGCCCGGAUUUGUCUUUCUGCCAUCAGAGAGGUAAGGACGGGUCGCAACACAGAAACCUUCCGCACCAGUGGAGUUUACGAGCAAAUUUCAGAGGAUUGUGCGUUCUCCAUCGUCUAUGGAGACCUGUAUGAAAACCUGGAUCUGGUGGCUAACUCUGCGGAAGUUGCAAACAUUUGGGUGACUGGACUAAGGUAUCUGAUGCAGUAUGGGAAACAUGCCUUGGACAUGCUCUCCAGCAGUCAGGACAGUCUUCGUCUCGGCUGGUUAGAGCAGCUGUUCUCCUCUGCUGCUGAUGUGGACAGACACAGCAGCGACGCAGAGGAAGGGAUCCGCCUUCAGUCAGCCGUGAAGCUGAUUCUGAGCGUGAACCCCGGAGUGAGCAGCUGUAAAGUGGAGCACAGGUUUAAAGAGCUUCAAAGAGUCAGGGAAAAGACGAGCGGGCUCACGCCGGACAACGUGCCUGGUGUUAAAGAUCACAUGAAAGUCAAGAGACAAGCCGAACACAGGGAACGCGUCACCAAGCAGGAGUUCAUCGAGGUCUUUCAUGACUUUUGCACACGUCCCGAGAUCUACUUUUUGUUAGUGCAGUUCUCCAGCAACAAAGAGUACCUGGACACCAAAGACGUGAUGCGGUUCCUUGAGGCUGAGCAGGGUAUAAUGCAAGUGACGGAGGAGACAAGUCUGAAGCUCAUCCAAUCACAUGAGCCUUCAGAAGAAGGGCGGCAGCAGGGAUUCAUGUCUUUGGACGGCUUCACCAGCUACCUUACUUCAGCGGAUUGCCACCUCUUUGACAGGGACCAUGACAUUGUGUGCCAGGACAUGAGCCAGCCUCUGUCCCACUACUACAUCAACGCCUCCCACAACACCUACCUCAUCGAGGACCAGUUCAAAGGUCCUUCUGACGUGUCGGGCUACAUCAGGGCCCUUAAGAUGGGCUGCCGUUGUGUGGAGGUGGAUGUUUGGGAUGGAACCGAUGACGAACCAGUGGUGUGCACAGGCCACACCCUUUCGCCGCCGCUGGUGCUGAGCUCUGUUUUGGAGGCCAUAGGAAGAUUUGCAUUUGUUGCAUCAGACUAUCCUCUAAUUAUUUGUAUUGAGAACCACUGUUCAAUACGGCAGCAGAGAAAGAUGUGGAAACAUUUCACAGGCAUUCUAGGGAAUAAGUUGUACACAACGCCUCCAGCUCAAGGGGACUCCUACCUGCCGUCCCCAGAGGCAUUAAGACAUCGAAUUCUACUGAAGGGUAAAAAGCGUGGGCCGGGGUACACCGAGGAGGAUGGGCAGGUUAGUGAGGAGGAUGAAGGAGCAGAGAUGUGUCAAAGGAUAAAAUCUAGCGGUGGAGCAGCAGCAGCAAGUGGUGGAGGAGACAAAGACACACUGCAGAAAAGCCUUCUUUUGACAUCUAAGUGUGAGCGCCCCCAUCUUUGCGCUAAGCAGUUCCAACUCUUGGAGGAGCUGUCCGACCUAGUAACUCUCUGUCACUCUGUGAGUUUCGUUGACUUUAAAACCUCAUCCAAAAGCCAAAAGCCUUGGGAACUUUGCUCUUUCCACGAGUCUCUGGCUGUGCGGCUCGCUGGUGAAAGCCCCGGCAACUUUGUCAAUCACAACAAGCAUUUCCUGUCCCGGGUUUACCCCAGCCCUAUGCGUAUUGACUCGAGCAACAUGAACCCUCAGGACCUGUGGAAGUGUGGCUGCCAAAUUGUGUCUAUGAAUUUUCAGACGGCGGGACUGAUGAUGGACCUGAACACGGCCUGGUUCAGGCAGAACGGUAAUUGUGGUUUCGUUCUGCGGCCGGCCAUCAUGCGGCAAGAGGUGUCAUAUUUUAGUGCCGACACCAGAGACACAGUGCCUGGCGUGUCUCCGCAGCUGCUCCAUGUCAAGGUAAUUAGUGGCCAGAACCUGCCCAAACCCAGAGGCUCUGGGGCUAAAGGGGACGUUGUAGACCCCUACGUCUACGUGGAGAUCCACGGCAUCCCAGCAGACUGCACAGAGCGCCGCACCAGGACCGUGACCCAAAACGGAGACAACCCCGUGUUCGACGAGAGCUUUGAGUUUCAGAUCAAUCUGCCAGAGCUCGCCAUGGUCCGAUUCGUUGCGCUCGACGAUGAUUUCAUCGGGGACGACUUUAUAGGUCAGUACUCCAUUGCCUUGGAGUGCGUCCAGUCAGGAUACCGUCAUGUUCCACUGCAGUCUCUGACAGGAGAGGAACACCCACACGCUAGGUUGUUUGUUCACGUCGCCCUGACCGAUCGUAGGGGAGGAGGGAAGCCUUACAAACGAGGCCUCUCUGUACGGAAGGCCAGAAAAGGCAGGGACUACACAGCCCUCAGGGACCUGGGUGUCAGAGCAGUGGACGAGGUCUUUAAGACUGUUGCUCCAAUGCUGAGAGAAGCCACUGAUCUGAGGGCAAACAUGCAGAACUCUGUAGCAGUGUUCAGGGAGCUGUGUGGAGUGUCUGCAGUCUCUAAUCUGAUGCAGUGCAUUCUGGCUCUGAGCUCCAGAGUGGCUGGACCAGAGGGGGCGCCCUUGCUGCUGUUUGAACUUCGGGAUCACUACCCCACCCUGGAGCCUCAAGGGCCUCUCCCCGAUGUCCUUCGUCAGGUCGUCUCCACCUACGAGAUGAUGGUCCAGGCCAGCAGAGCGGUGAUGGACUUCUCUGACGGGAUCUACGACAGGAUCAUGCACAUACAGACGACAGCGAUGGAGUUCCACGAGAAUCUACAGAGUCUGGCAGUGAAAGAAGGGCUGAAAGGUCGCAAAGUCAGUCGAGCCCUGGAAAGUUUCAGCUGGAACAUCACCAUCCUCAAAGGUCAGGCGGAUUUGCUGAAGCGCGCGAAGGCUGAAGUCCAGGAGAACAUGAAACAGGUCCAUGACGCUGCCCUGACUGGAAACCUCAGUAAAGAAAGUCAGGGCGUGACAAGAGUGAGGUCCCAAAUACGAAAAGGCCAGGAUGACAAAACUGCCACAGGAGCUCGUGGAGGCACGGCAUGAUGGAAACCCAUCCUGCUGCAGGGCCACUAAGGGUCCACCACUCAGAUCAAGUACAACGGAGAAGGAGACCUUCAGUUUUCCGUCGCUAAAGAUCCAGUGGCCAACGUGUGGUACUCGGUACCUACAACGGACACACGGGAGUGCAGUGGGUUGACUGCGACUGGGACACCAAAAAUGUCUUGACAGGAUCAACUGAUGACAGCUGUCGACCGUGGGACUGCGAGAUCA